AUGCUACCCACAGUGGAGGAGACGCGAGGGUACGACUUUCUGGACCCGGAGAACGCGGAGAAAUGGCGGGGAUUACUUGUAUCAGCUCUUCGAAAGGUGCUAGAACAGGUGCACCCGACGUUGAACGCCGAGGACAGUGCCCUGGAGUAUGUGGAGGCGUUGUGUCUGCGGCUCCUUGCCACGCUGUGCGCCGUACCCUCGCCCCUCACAGUACAGGACGUGGAAGAACGAGUCGCUCGAACAUUCCCCACUCCCCUGGACAGGUGGGCGCUCCAAGACGCCAAGGAAUCUACCAACCAAAAGCGUAGGAAAGGCUCGUUCCCGCAGGACAAGAUCCAUCAAUUGCUUACAAAGGAGGUGCUCCUCUACAAGAUCGACUCCUCGGUGUCGUCUUAUAUGACGGCUAUCAUCGAGUACGUGGCGGCAGACAUAUUCAAGCUGGCUGGCAAUUUCGUCAAGAAGAUCUCCCAAAAGUCUGGAUAUAACACCAUCACCAGUAGAGACAUCAAGACUGCUAUGUGUGCUGACAAAGUGCUGAUGGACAUGUUCUACCAAGAGUCAGAGCUGCGUGCGGCGGAGGCGGCGCCGGAGCGCGGCGUGAAGGGGGGCCGGGGGGGGCGGCGCGGCUCGCUGUCCUACGCAGAGCUCGUGCGGGACCUGCUCACCGACGAGAAGCACUUCCUCAGGGACCUCAACCUCAUCAUACGCGUGUUCAAGGAGGAGCUGGAGAAGAUACUCGAUAGAGAUAGUCAUGCAAUCUCUCUAAUAUUCGGCAACAUAGUGGACAUAUACGAGCUGACGGUGACGUUGCUGGGCAACUUGGAGGAUGCGAUGGAGAUGUCCCAGGAUUCGCCCACGCCAUACAUCGGCAGCUGUUUUGAAGAGCUGGCGGAGGUGGAGGAGUUUCGUGCGUACGUGCGCUACGCCAACAUCGUCACCCGCAAGGAGUCGAGGGACAAGCUGCAGAGUAUCGUCGACGAUCCUAUCCUGUCGGAGCGGCUGGACACGGCGGGGCACGGGUUCCGCCUGGCCGUGAAGUACUACCUGCCCAAGCUGCUGCUGGCGCCCGUGGCGCACGUGUUCCUGUACCACAACUACGUGCUGGCGCUGCUGCAGAUCGCGCCCGCCAACGAGGACCGCGAGAGCUUCAAGCAGGUGGAAUGUAACUUACAUCCGAUUAAAAAGUUAUUAAUAAAAGCAUUAGGAAACGGACCAAAAAUGGACGCGACCCUAAGGAUGGCCACACGCACGAGACGACAGCUCGCCAUCGAGAAGUGCAACGAGCUGGCCAGGAUCGUGGACAACUGGGACAAUAGAGACAUCGGCCAGUGCUGCAAUGAGUUCAUUAGAGAGGACACGCUGUCGAAGGUUGGUCCGGGCAAGCGCAUCGCUGAGCGGCGCGCGUACCUGUUCGACGGGCUGCUGCUGCUCUGCAAGCCCAUCACCAGCCUCGUCAGCAUGCCCUCGGUGAGCGUGAACAGCAGCAGUAGUAGCAGCAGUUCCGGAUCCUCUCAACAACUGAAGCUCAAGGAGAAGCUGCAUGUAAGGAAGUUGGAGCUGGUUGAUAGACCGGACACGGAGGAGGGCCGGCACAUGCUGGAGCUGUGCCCGCGCGUGGGCGGCGCGGUGCUGCUGGCGUGCGCGUCCUGCGCCGAGAAGCGCAACUGGAUGUGCGACCUCGUCAUGCUCAACACCAAGCCCAUGCUGGACAGGGUGCUGGACAGUAUACUCCUGGACCUAGAGAAGCGACACCCGCUAAAGCUUCCUCCCGUGUCGUUAUACCGGUUCGCGGUGCCCGACUCCCCCUCCAACAUCGUGCUGGAGGACCACUCCACCACCAGGCAUCACGCGUCACAACCUCUCAUCAAGGGUGCGACUCUUCUAAAGCUGGUGGAGAGGCUGACGUUCCACAUCUACGCGGACCUGAACCUGGUGCGCACGUUUCUCACGACGUACCGCUCCUUCUGCUCGCCCGCUGAGCUGCUGGACCUGCUCAUCGAGAGGUUCCGCAUCCCCGAACCCAGCGAGGUGUACGACACGCCCAGGGCCGCGGAAAGUAUAGAGAGCGUGGCGAGCAGUGACGCGGAGAAGCUCAGCAAGAACACCGCCCGGGAGGACUGGAAGAGGUACCGCAAGGAGUUCCAGCAGCCCGUCAAGUUUAGGGUGAUCAACGUGCUCCGACAUUGGGUUGACCAGCACUUUUACGACUUCGAGCGCGAGGAGGCGCUGCUGGUCAAGCUCCGAGAGUUCCUCGAGUCCGUCGACGGCAAACCCAUGAAGAAGUGGGUGCAGAGUGUCUUGAAGACAUUGCAGAGGAAGAGCGGGCAGACGGCGGAGUGCGAGUGGUCGCUGGGCGUGUCGCACGUGUUCGACAAGGCGCCCCCGGGCGUGGUGCGGCACGUGGCGGACCCGGAGCGCUGCGACUGGCACCCGCUGGCGCUGCACCCGCUCGAGCUGGCGCGACAGCUCACGCUGCUCGAGUUCCACCUCUACCGGCAGGUCAAGCCCUCGGAGCUGGUCGGCGCCGUGUGGACCAAGAAGGACAAGGAGAAGACCAGUCCCAAUCUACUUAGGAUAAUUAAACAUACCACCAAUUUCACCCGCUGGAUAGAGAAGUGGAUAGUGGAGAGUGAGAACCUGGACGAGCGCGUGGGUGUCUUAUGCCGGUUCUUAGAAGUGGCCGUGGCUCUCCGCGAUCUUAACAACUUCAACGGGGUGCUCGGCGUCGUCGCCGCCUGCGGGUCCGCCUCUGUGCACAGACUGAGGGCCACCUUUCAGAUGGUCCCACCAAGACUGAUCCGUGCCCUGGAGGAGUUCCGUGAGCUCAACUCGGACCACUUCAGACGCUACCAGGAGCGCUUGCGCAGCAUCAACCCCCCCUGCGUGCCAUUCUUCGGCAUGUACCUCACCAACAUACUGCAUAUUGAGGAGGGCAAUCUUGACUACUUGCCCGACUCGGAGCUAAUAAAUUUCUCGAAGCGACGGAAGGUGGCGGAGAUCACGGGCGAGAUACAGCAGUACCAAAAUCAGCCCUACUGCCUCACGGUGGAGUUCAAGACCAGGGCGUUUCUGGAGUCCUUGGACCCGUUCCCGGGCAAGGACGACAACGAGAUCACAAAUUACCUGUACGCCAAGAGUUUGGAGAUUGAGCCGCGACCGCCAGUCAAACAGAUGCCCAAGUUUCCUCGCAAGUACCCGGAGCUGUCAACGAAGCAGGUGAAGGCGCACCGGCGCCAGCACCACGACACCACCUCGCACCACUCCUCCAGCGACGACACGCUCAGUAUAUCCCAGAUCUCCCCUACGUCGGGGUGGGAUGGCGCGUCCGUGGUGUCGCUGCCCAUACACAUGCUCCACGACGAUUACAGGGGCAGUAGAUCAGAAAUAGUCAGUCCUCGUCUGGAGAGAUGUUCGCUGAGCCAGCUGAGUCAACUAAGUUUAUUCGACAAGGGAUUCGCUCUAUUCGAUAAAACCAAACCGACACACAAUAACAAAUGCAGCUACCGGGACGAACCGCCUUCGCCCCGAGACAGGCACUCGCCGCGACACGACCGCUCCGUUAGCUUACAGUCGUCGGCGAGCGAGCUGCGGCGGCCGGCGGCGCUGUCCCCGCGCGGUGCCAUCGUGGACGCCGAGCUGUUCUACUCGCGCAGCCUCGACCACCUCGCCACUCGCCGGAACGACCAGGAGCGAGUCCCUCCGCUCCUCCCGCGGGCGGGGGGCGCGGCGGGAGCGGGCGAGGAGCGCGGCCCCCCCGCGCCGCCCGCCCCACCGCGCCGCCCCUCCUCGCCCUCCACACAUCUGCCCCAACCUCAAGGAUUAUCGACGUCUAGUGAAUUACCACCAGAACCGCCGGAUCGACCGCUACCGAGCCCCAAACAUCCAGACUUAUUCAAGAUGCCGGCCGUGUCGCCCAAGCGUUCUCCAGCGCCGCAGCCGCCCGCCAGCCCACUCGUGGCCGACAGGGGUGUAGCGUUUAAGUUUGAAUGGCGGGGCGCGCCCACGCCCUCGCCCCCUGCACCGGUCGCGCCCCCUCUCACCCCACACCAUCCUGUGUCGUGUGGCACCCCUCCACCUCUCCCCCCGCGCCGGAGGAGAGACUCCGCAGCGCCUCCCACGCCGCUACCUCCUUCGUCGAGCGCCACGUGCGCGUGCACGCCUCCCCCCCUGCCCCCGCGGCCCGCCCCUCCCCCCGAGCUGCUGCGGCCGGCGCACUCCACCAUCCUGCAGCGCAGGCACCACAACAAUACCGGCGCGGCGCCUCGCCUGCCGCCCAAGCCCUCGCCGAGCGGCGCCCCGCCCCCCGCGCGCUGCUAG